UUUUCCCCAAAUAUACCGAACCUGCUCGUCUUCUUCGCGGUUCAUCUUCCCCCUGCUUCUGUUCUGCUGCAAACAGAGAUCAAACCCUAGGAAUCGAGGAAGAAGAGAUGGGGAUCGCUAACCUCUCAUACGAGGAAUGUCGUCGCAAGAGACUCGAAGAAAACAAGAAGAGAAUGGAAGCCCUAAAUUUGCCCUUGCUUUCUCAGGCUCUCCUUGAUUCUUCCCCUUCCAAGUCUUCUCCUAGUAAGCUGGCCAAGCCUCGCGUGACGCAGAAACAAUUGGUGGUGGUGAGGAGGUCCAGUCGCGUAGCAAAACAAUCAGCUCCUGUUUACGCUGAAGUUCUUGUCAAACGCGUGGUGAUUCCAAGAAGGAUCUCCAAAGCUAGAGAUGUUUCAAACCGAGUUUAUGCUUCGGAUGAAUCUAGAAAAAAUGCCUUUGAAAGAGCAGAGAAACUUCAAUCUGGGUUGGAACGGAAUCAUCCCAACUUUAUAAAGUCAAUGCUUCAGUCUCAUGUCAGUGGUGGAUUCUGGCUGGGCCUUCCUUCUCACUUCUGCAAGAUGCACCUUCCAAAUCGUGAUGGAGUAAUGACUUUAAUAGACGAAGAUGGCGAUGAGUAUCCAACAGUAUAUUUGGCACGAAAAACAGGACUUAGUGGCGGAUGGAAGGGUUUUUCAGUUGCUCACAAAUUGGCAGAUGGGGAUGCUGUAGUUUUUCAACUCAUUAAACCAACAACCUGCAAGGUGUACAUCCUCAGGGCGAAUAGUUCCAGAGAAGAUAGUGAUUCUAACAGUAGCUAAAUGAUUUACUUUCGUAUCCCAAUUCAGGUAAGAAAGUGGUCUGAUGGGAAGGUGUGCACAUAAUGCAGCUACUUCUGGUAAGACUUGGUUUUGGAGUAACAUGCAAUCUCUGUCUUGUACAAUUUGUGGUGUUGGAGUAAAUGCAAUCACUGUGUAAUAGUGAUUUGCUGUUGUAGUGGUGUGGUGGUGUAUUCAACCCUCUUCUAAUAUAGCUUCUUCUAUUCUUUUCCCUCUUUUAAACCACUUUUUCUUCUGUAUUUUAGAUUAUACUAGAGUGUUAGCUGAUAGAUUUGGCUGAUUUGGUUUGAAGUUGAUGAGUCUUGGCUCUUUGAUGGGCAGGGGCGAGGCUCGGGAGCUCGAGACCCCCUAAACUUUGAAAUAUAUGCUAUAAUUAGUUAAUAGUUUAUCUAGAGUUGACAAAAUUGUCCCUUAACUAGCAGCCUUUCUCACACUUACCUGAUGAACUAGAGUUUCUAAACCAAAUCAUUGAUUUGUCAUUGUUGU